UGAGCCCAUCCAAGCAAGUUUUUGUGUCGUAGUUGCAUAUUUUAUAGUCGUUUCAUAUUAGCCUCGAGUUUGGCUUAGUGACUUGGUGGUUUCUGGUGCAGGCUUGUGGCGACUGGCGAGCGUGGUUCUAAAGAUAAGGUUUGCAUUCGCUCCUUCUCCCUCCCUUUCACUACUUCAUAUCCAUUUCCUUUCUCAAUUUCUCGUCUUCCCUUCUGAAUUCCCCAUUCCAGCCAUGACUUUAAACCUAGUUGCUUCAUUCAGAGGUCUCUCUCUCGCCUCUUCUUCCUCUUUCUUCAAAGGCGAUUUCGGCUCUAUUCAUACCCCUCCUAACCUCUCCCUCUCCUUCCCAAACACAUUUCCUUUAACCAUUGAAAACGCCCACAAGAAAGGAGCUGGUAGCACCAAGAACGGUCGUGAUUCCAAGGGCCAGAGGCUCGGCGUUAAAAUCUUCGGGGAUCAAGUUGCUAAACCUGGUUCCAUUAUUGUUCGUCAGCGUGGAACUAAGUUCCAUGCCGGAAACAAUGUAGGGCUUGGCAAGGACCAUACAAUUUUCUCAUUGAUUGAUGGACUUGUAAAGUUCGAGAAGUAUGGACCUGACAAGAAGAAGGUGAGUGUUUACCCAAGAGAAGUGCAGCCUGAGAAUCCAAACAGCUAUAGAGCAAGGAAGAGGGAGUAUUUCAGGUUGCAAAGAGAGCGCAAGAAAGCAAGAAAGGAAGGCAUUAUUGCUCAACCCCAAUUAAUAUUAGCUUCCACUGAUGAUGUUGAAACCAAUCCAGUUUGCUGAUUUCACUUCAAUCUCUGCUUGUUUUAAAGCCCUGAUGAUCUUGAAGAUUGAAGGUCUGCUUCUAUAGCUUCUCCUUUCUUUUUCUUUUUUUUUUCUUUCCUUUUUUUUUUUUUUUUUUUUUAGUUUAUGCACAUAUAAUUUGUCAGAUUCUUCACAGGAGUGUGUUUCAUUAUCAUUCUCAAUUAGCAAUGUUCUACUUUUUGCCCCUA